GGCCUGUUGGGCCACUGACAGGUCCACGAUGGCAGCCGCGGCCGCUUCCCCCGCGCGGAAGCGGCUGGAUCUGCGCGACCCCGCGGCGCUUUUCGAGACACACGGAGCGGAGGAGAUCCGAGGGCUGGAGCGCCAAGUUCGGGCCGAGAUUGAGCACAAGAAAGAGGAGCUGCGGCAGAUGGUGGGCGAGCGGUACCGCGACCUGAUCGAGGCGGCCGACACCAUCGGCCAGAUGCGCCGCUGCGCCGAGGGGCUGGUGGACGCCGUGAAGGCCACCGACCAGUACUGCUCCCGUCUCCGCCAGGCAGGUUCGGCAGCGUCCCGGCCGCCGCGGGUCCCACAGCCACAGCCAUCCCAGGAGAAGUUCUACAGCAUGGCUGCCCAGAUCAAGCUCCUCCUAGAAAUUCCUGAGAAGAUCUGGAGCGCGAUGGAGGCCUCUCAGUAUCUCCACGCCACUCAGCUUUACCUGCUGUGCUGCCACCUUCACAGCCUGCUCCAGCUGGAUUCUUCCAGCUCUCGAUACAGCCCCAUCCUCUCCCGAUUCCCCAUACUCGUCCGGCAGGUGGCAGCAGCCAGCCACUUCCGGGCAACCAUUCUGCAUGAAAGCAAGAUGCUGCUCAAAUGCCAAGCCGUGUCUGACCAAGCUGUAGCGGAGGCCCUGUGCUCUAUGAUGCUCUUAGAAGAGAGCUCUCCUCGCCAAGCCCUAACGGACUUCCUGUUGGCCAGAAAGGCAGCUAUUCAGAAACUCCUCAACCAGCCGCACCACGGUGCUGGUAUCAAAGCUCAGAUUUGCUCGUUAGUGGAGUUGCUGGCCACCACUUUGAACCAAGCUCACGCUCUUUUCUACACUUUACCAGAAGGGCUGCUUCCAGAUCCGUCCCUGCCAUGUGGCUUGCUCCUCUCAACUCUAGAGACCAUCACAGGCCAGCAUCCUGCCGGAAAGGGCACUGGUGUUCUGCAAGAAGAGAUGAAGCUUUGCAGCUGGUUCAAACACCUACCAGCAUCCAUCGUCGAGUUCCAGCCGGCUCUCCGGACCCUUGCACAUCCCAUCAGCCAGGAGUACCUGAAAGACACGCUGCAGAAAUGGAUCCACAUGUGUAAUGAAGACAUUAAAAACGGGAUCACCACCCUGCUUAUGUACGUGAAGAGCAUGAAAGGUCUCGCAGGGAUCCGGGAUGCCAUGUGGGAAUUACUUACCAAUGAGUCCACCAGUCACAGCUGGGAUAUGGUGUGUCGCCGGCUCCUGGAGAAGCCACUGUUGUUCUGGGAGGAUUUGAUGCAGGAACUGUUCCUUGACCGAUUACAGACUCUGACGAAAGAGGGCUUUGACUCCAUCUCCACUAGUUCCAAAGAGCUCCUCGUUUCAGCUUUGCAGGAACUUGAAAGCAGCACCAGCAACUCCCCCCCAAACAAGCACAUCCACUUUGAGCAUAACAUGUCUCUGUUCCUCUGGACCGAGAGCGCUAAUGACCUGCCUUCUGAUGCCGCCUGGGUCAGCGUGGCCAGCCGGGAUCAGCUUGCCAGCAGCGGGCUCUCCAUGAAAGCUCAAGCUGUUAGCCCCUGUGUACAGAACUUCUGUUCUGCCCUAGACUCUAAACUGAAGGUGAAAUUGGAUGACCUCCUGACUUACCUUCCCUCGGGUGACUCGUCUCUGACCAAGGACAUCACCCCCAUGCAAGCCAAGAACUGUGCGUUUGACAGAUAUGCAGACGCUGGGACUGUGCAGGAAAUGCUGCGGACUCACUCCGUGGCCUGCAUCAAGCACAUCACAGACUGCAUCCGGGCGGAGCUGCAGAGCAUCGAGGAAGUUGUGCUAGAGCAGCAGGAUGCCCUCGAUGGUGUCAAGCUGCAUGCGGUCCUUUUCAUGGCCAGACUCUGUCAGUCAUUGGCCGAGCUGUGUCCUCACCUGAAGCAGUGCAUCUUGGGCAAAUCAGGGAGCUCCGAGAAACCAGUGAGGGAUUCCAGGGCUCUGAAGAAACAGGGAAAGGGGAAGCCUCAGGAAGUCCUUCCCAUGCAGGCCCAGUGGCAGGAAGUCACGGAGCUGCUCCUCCGGCAGAGCGUGAUGGGCUACCGGGUCUGGAGCUCAGCAGUUGUGCACGUUUUGGCUCAUGGAUUUGCCCAGUCAUUACUUUUAGAUGAUGCUGGCUCAAUCCUGGCCACAGCCACCAGCUGGGAUGAACUAGAAAUUCAGGAGGAAGCAGAGUCUGGCAGCAGCGUCACAUCCAAGAUCCGACUCCCUACACAGCCCUCCUGGUACGUACAGUCCUUCCUGUUUAGCUUAUGCCAGGAAAUCAAUCGGGUUGGAGGCCAUGCCUUGCCAAAGGUGACACUGCAGGAGAUGCUGAAAAGCUGUAUGGUUCAAAUAGUAGCUGCCUAUGAGAAACUUUCAGAAGAAAAACAGAUGAAGAAAGAAGGUGCAUUUCCAAUGACCCAGAAUCGGGCACUGCAGCUGCUUUAUGACCUGCGUUAUCUCAACAUUGUUCUGACAGCCAGGGGUGAAGAAGUGAAAAGUGGCCGCAGCAAACAGGACUCCAGAAUCGAGAAAGUGACUGACGACUUGGAAGCACUCAUUGACCCAUUCGACCUGGAUGUUUUCACACCACAUCUCAACAGCAACCUUAAUCGCCUGGUGCAGCGAACUUCUGUUCUGUUUGGAUUGGUUACUGGUACAGAGAAUCAGUUCACCCCCAGGAGCAGUACAUUCAACUCCCAGGAGCCCCAUAACAUACUGCCCCUGGCAUCGAGUCAGAUCAGGUUCGGGCUUCUUCCACUGAGCACGACAAGCACUCGAAAGGCCAAAUCAACCAGAAGCAUCGAAUCCAAAACCCAGGUUGUCCCCCCAGCACUCUCCCGAGCAGAUGACCCGGCGCAUCCUGGCUCCUUAUUCAGACAGCUUGUCAGUGAGGAAGACGACUCAACACCUUCAUUAUUCAAACUUGGUUGGCUCUCAAGUAUGACUAAAUAACAUGGGAACGCAUCCACCUCUCUCUAAAUAAAUACUAUUGCAUCAUUUCUUCUAAA